GCUAAAUGGAUUAUGGAUUGCAUUGAUCAGCAUCCUAACUGCUCAAAGCACUUCAACAAUGAUUUUCGUCCCACUCGGCUGAUCGCUAUCGACGAAAAGGAUGGCACUCGCAUGGCGAGGCUUGAAUCAACUAGAUUCUGCGAUGUUUCUCUGCCUUAUGUGGCUCUCAGCUAUUGCUGGGGAGGAGAAAGUAAGGUCAGACUGUUACAUAAAAAUUACGAGCAGCUUUCAAGCAAAGGGGUCCCAAGCUACCAACUUCCAAGGACUAUGCAGCAUGCAAUCGAUCUUACUUUCCACUUGGGACAGCGACGGAUCUGGAUCGAUGCUCUCUGCAUUAUACAAGAUGACCAUAACGACUAGAAACGGGAGGCUACUCUUAUGGCAGAUGUUUAUGCCAAUAGUGUCUUUACAAUCGCAGCAUCGGGUGCCUCUUCCUGCGAUCAAGGCCUAUUCACAAUUCGAGACCCGCUCCAGGUGGCAGGAUGUAAACUGUACGAGCUUCCUCCUACUGGGUCGGGAAAUAGAACGGCAUCUGUGUCAGUAACACCUCGGCAGUCUGAAUUUCCAUCUCCGCUUUCUACUCGAGGCUGGGCCCUACAGGAGAGGCUGUUUGCCCCAAGGACGCUUGAAUUUGGGUCUUUGAUAAGCUGGGAGUGCAAGACGGUGAUAUGCUCAGAACUUAAGCCUGACCUGACGCAAUCGAGGGAAACUCCUCUAAUCAAGAAUAUCUUCGAUAGCUUCGAGCAACCAGGGAUUAGCCAAAGCCAAAGUGCCCUCUUCGUAUGGAAUCACGAGAUUGUGCGGCUGUUUACAAAAGCUAGGUUAACACAGAAGAGCGACCGGUUGAUGGCUAUCAGUGGCACAAUUCGGCGGCUGAGCGACCAAAGAGACUGGGAAAAUAUUUAUGGGCUCUGGGCACCGUUUUUGGUUCAGCAAUUGCUUUGGGAGAGUUAUAGCCGAGACAAUUCCGCACCUUGGAGUUCCAAGAGGAGCGGUGUAGCCCCGGUUUGGUCGUGGGCGAGUAUUACUGGCCCGGUGGGGUAUUAUUUUGCCAGUUGGUCCAUUACCAUCACAAACAGCUUCUCUCCUAAGGUGGUUUUGGCUUUGAACACUCCUACAGCAACUCAAUCGUACGAUAGAGUUGCAUCGCAGCUCACUUCUUUGACAUUAAAAGGUCACCUGUUCGAGUUAAGAAUCCAGGAAUAUUUCAUAACGAGAAAACCCUGGUGUGGAGCUGCAAUCGGAAGGGAGAUGCCUUUUAAAUGGAGCUUCCAAAGUGAGAUAAGUGAUGCUCUCAUCAAGACUCCUUGUUUUUUUCUCUUGCUGUCAGUCUGCCAAAUCUGGGAACUGGCUUCGGAAAUCGUUUCUGGGCUUGCACUUAUCAAAGCUCCGAACAUGCCUGGAACUUAUGAGAGAAUAGGUUUGGUGGAGGGCGAGCUCAAGUAUCUAUCGCGAAAGCUACGUCGACAAAUUGAUGUACCGCCGACACAAGAUGCUACGAUAAUCUAGCACUCGAAAAAGGAAUUCAUCUUUCGAAUCAGGGCCAAUUUGCUACUUAUCCUUACUGCACAUAUCAUGAAAGGAGGUACUAGGGGUUCAUAUCUAUCUCCGACAAAUAUAAAGCAAACAGUGAUAGCUAACAGUGCGUUUGCCUUCUAUGCAUGUCGAAUCCUUGUUGUUUGGCUUGGGGCUACAAGGAAAAUGCUUCUAGCAGAGCGGCGUUUCCUUUCGGUGUGUUUCGGUCUGCUUUACUACAACCGGAAUAUGCUCAACGAGGGUCGAAGAUGACAACGUGGCAAGGAAGAGAGUAUUUUAUUUACA